GCUAUUUGCCAAUACACGUUUUAUUCUGAAAGGUUUUAACUGAUUUUUCUUGUAAAACCUUUCCGGCUAACCUGAUUCUUCAACUAACCUAAACCAGCUAAGCGCUUACCUUUGAGAGCCGCGACUAGACACCGUCAACAGUUAACUGAUGCCCCUAAACCUUCCAGUAAUCUAGCAUGGCCUAAAUCAGCACGAGAGAACCGGAAACGUCGACUGAAAAGCAAAGCAGUGUGGACAUGACAGUAGCGCUCCUUCCUGUUUAGUGCAAAGACAAUUAACCCCGGCAAGUGAACUUUUUCCUCCGCUCACUCAGCGUCGGACCGAGUUGUGUCGCGAGAUGACGCCAACUGAUAACUUUAAAAUGAUCUUUCAAGUGUUCAAAGACGCGGUUCCCGUCGUCACGAGCGGGAUUCUGACCGUAGUCCUUCUGUCGUGCGUUUUGUUCGGCGUCCAAAUGUAUUUCAACUUCCCCCGGGGGGUUCUCAGCGUCGGGGCCGCCGUGUUUCAGGACGGACACCUCCACCGGCUGGUGACGUACCCCUUCUACCACCAGACCCCCGCCCAGCUUCUCCUGAACGUCUCAGCCUUGGUGUUCCUCGGCGGCAGUUUGGAGAAAGGGGUCGGCACUGUGCGCUUCCUGCUCUCGUUCUUCCUGCUGUCGACCACCACGGGCUUGUUCUACAGCUUCCUGGAUCUUCUGCAAAGUGACGGCGGCCAGAGUCCCGCCGAGGGGCUGGUUCCCGUGACCCUGGCAUGCGUGGCUCUCACCACCAUGCACACCAAAAUGACCAAAGGAUUCCUGUGCGGAGUCAGCUUCCCCACCAUGGCCCUCCCUUGGGUGCUCCUCAUCGUCACCACGGCCCUGGCUCCUCACAGUGUGCUCCCCUGUAACAUCCUGGGCAUCCUGGUAGGGUGGCUGUAUGGCAAAGGGUGCCCGUCUCUUCUUAACAUGUCGGAGGUUAGGGCGGGCGCUCUGGAGAAGACGGCACCUUUUCGGUGGUUGAGGAGCAUCAGAGGCGUGAUGUUUGUCUCCGCUUCCACAGAGGAGAGGAGGAAGACCCUCCUUCCACAGAUCAAUCCAACACCCGGGUCCUACCCGGUUCAGGCUUACGCUCCGGCAUCCAGCGUUGGCACUGCAAACAACCGGGCCGAUAUUUAUGAAGGCUGGCCGAAGUCAACCAGUGCUUUGUCCGGUACCACGCCGCCCCUCAACCCUCACGGGCAUGUCUCUGCGCAUAGCUUUGGCCACAGUCAAGGACAUUCUUUAGAGCAGAGUUUUGGCCAGGGCUGCAACCAGAACCAUAGUGAUGGUCAUGGUCAUAGUCACAACCAUAGUGAUGGUCAUGGUCAUAGUCACAACCAUAGUGAUGGACACGGUCAUAGUCACAACCAUAGUGAUGGUCACGCUCAUAGUCACAACCAUAGUGAUGGUCACGCUCAUAGUCACAACCAUAGUGAUGGUCACGCUCAUAGUCAUGGUGAUGGUCAUGGCCAUAGUCAUGGUUAAUUAGUCAUGGUUAUUUAUGAUUGUCAAUACUAUAGUUUUCACAUGUGGGCACUUGAGUUGUCUGACAUGUAAAAUGCUUGGACUUUAAAGCUGACUUUACUAGUAGGCUUCUAGCUUCAGCCUGGAUGAACAGUAUAUUUGUUUUCUUCUCAGUGUUUAGGUGUUACGGCUGACUUUUGUAUAUACAUUUUUUUUUAAAUAUAUACUUUUGUACACAUGUCCCCUUGUUUCUACAAAUAAA